AGAACAGACGCAUUUUCAAGCUGCAUUGUUAGGAAUAAAAUGUAAUUGGCUACACUACGAUUAUAGAUCCCCAUGUGACCGAAUAGCAGUGUGUUACUAACCAAUCUUUUGUGUACUUGAACAUAAAUUACCAGUGAAUAAAUCACAAAGUUAAAUAAUAUAAGUGUUGAUAAAAAUAAUAAUAAAAUGGGAUCGAGAAUUAGAAAGAAAGUUGAUAACCCAAGUAAUUUAUCAGUUAAUUUUGAUGAGGUGUGCCGACUGUGCUUGGCCAGGGAGGAAACAAUGGUGCCGAUUUUCGAUGGAGAGGAUGAUGACGAAGUGCCUAUUCCUCUUCGAUUAAUGGCCUGCGUUAAUAUAGAGGCUUAUAAAGGAGACGGUUUGCCAUCAAUGAUCUGUAUAUUAUGCAAGCAUCAGUUGGACAAAGCAUACCAGUUCAAGAAAAAAAGUGAAGAUGCUCACACCAAAUUGCAGAAGCACAUGAAAUUAGUACAAAAAUUAGACAAAAUAGAAACUGCAGACAGUAAUGAAGAUUCUGAAAGUUAUUCAUUAUCAGGAAAAUCCCGGGACAGCAACCAGAAUAAUUCAAAUUCAGUAUCAUUUGAAAAUCACCAAAGUAUCGAUGACCCAACUGAGGCUCCAGAAGAAGACUGUGAAAGUAAUUACGAUCCAAAAAUGAAGACUAAGCUCAUGGACAUUGGAAGUAUGAAAAAAGAGUCAUCGAAUAUAAUCUUAAUGUCAUCAGAAGAGUACGAAGAAAUAAUUGAGAGUCAAAAGGCGACUGGUAAUUCAAAUAAAAAAAAUGUUUACAUGAUGGAAGUGACUGGUCACAGUACUGGAGAUUCUGAGUCAAUGAAACUACAGCCUGUUGAAGAGAAUCUAGACGACGAUGAUAAUAAUGAAAUAAAAGUGUUUAAAUGUGACAAAUGCCCAAAAGCAUUCACUAGAGUUAUGAUGCUCAAGAGCCAUCAGUCUGUUCAUUCAACUCAGAGAGGAGUAACUUGCCAAGCUUGUGAAAAAUGGUUUCCAACUCGGUCUGCACUUAUUAGACACGAACGCACUCAUACUGGUGAAAAACCAUUUGGGUGCAAUAUUUGUAACCGUGCAUUCGCUCAAAAAGAAAUUUUGCUGCGGCACUUGAUGACUCAUUCAGGACAAAAACCCUACCCGUGUCCGGACUGCGAUAAAAGUUUUACUCAACGUGAAUCAUUGAGAGUUCACAUGCGUCGUCAUCAAAAACUAGACCCCAAUGACAUUCAACUGCAUCAUUGUCAGUUGUGUCCUAAAGCUUUUUGUCAUGCGUCUGGUCUAAGUCGACACUUGGUGACCCACACUGGCAGAACUUACAAAUGUGUUACAUGCGAAAAGUCAUUUACUGAUAGAAGUUCGCUGCUAAGACACAGUCGGAUUCAUGCAUUAUAGUAUUCGACAGUCUCUAAGAGUAUCUAAGCUCUACCGAAACCCAUACUAUAUACAUAGAUAUAGUUAUGUACAAUUUAAUAAUUAUAUUUAUUUCUUUUAUUCUAAUUUUAUAUGGCAAUUAAUAAGACGAUAAUUUUAUUUUAAAGUCACAAAGUUUAUAAAAGAGUACACAG